CCGUUUUCCAAAACAGCGUUCUGCUGCUCGACAAUAAUCCCCUCCUCUCUGUCUCUCUGCUUUCCGAUUUCGUCAAUCCAUCAUUUUCUGAAUUAUUUUGCUUACUGUUAGGUUUUUUUUUCUUUCCUUUGUAUAUGUUUUUGCGUCGUCUCUUCUCCAUUGGUCCUCUUGCGUAUACGUAAGACAAUGGCGGUUCGGUCCACGGGGAGGAAUCUAUCGUUUGAGAUUCUCAGCCGAAGCAGCUCCUUUGAGGAUGAUUCAGUUCCUUCAAUUCGCCGAUCCAGCUCAGAUCCGAUUAGCGGAAACGAGGCUACGGAAUCGCCAAGGGACAACGGGAAACGAAGGAGGCACAGGAAGAAGAAGAAGAACAAGGCGACCGAAGUCGAAACUAUUCCGGAGGAUGGCGAUUCUUAUUCAGCGGCGAUCGCCAACGGUUCGUGUGGUUUUUCCGGUGAUUUUGGGAAUUACGAUAUCGGUGGAGAACGGGCGAGUUUUGAAAACAGAUUGAAUUACUUUGGCGGUGGCGGGUGCGUCGUGACGCAGACUGUACACCAAACUGGGUUCAAUUUCGGCGAGCUGAGGCAGAGGAACGUCAAUGGCAGUAUCGACGGGAGUAACGAUGACCGAUUCUCUGACACGGUGACUUCCGAUAAGAAGUUUUACGCGGAGGAGACCAGUGCGGAGCUAAGCUCCUCCGAGAACCCACCGUUUCAAGAAGUGCAGAAUCAGUUUCCGAGAAGCGAGACCAAUGGGAAUGCAGUGAAGAGACUAGACACAGAAGCUUCUCUGGACUGGAAACAGCUUAUGGCGGAUGAUCCUGAUUUUCUUUCUGCUGAGACAAGGUCACCUAUGAAGUACUUUCUGGGGGAGAUUUAUGGUGGGAUCUCGUUACGGAGCACAACGAGUACUGGGAAUGAUACAGAACGCGAAAGAAUAUAUGAUACAAUCUUCCGCUUGCCAUGGCGAUGUGAAGUGCUUAUAAAUACUGGCUUUUUUGUCUGCGUCAACUCAUUUCUGUCAUUGUUGACAGUCAUGCCAAUAAGAGUCUUGCUGACUUUCUGGGGUGCUUUUAAGAGCAGGCAGUUCAGGAGGCCUUCCUCAUCGGAGCUGUCUGAUCUUGCUUGUUUUCUAGUUUUGGCUUCUGGUACCAUUCUUCUUGGGAGAACAGAUAUCAGCCUAAUUUAUCACAUGAUUCGUGGUCAAAGUACCAUAAAACUAUAUGUGGUUUAUAACAUCUUGGAGGCAAUUACUUUGUCAACUUGUAUCGUUGCUCACAACAAUGCUUUGUUGGCCCUUCUGGUGUCAAAUAACUUUGCUGAGAUCAAGAGCAGUGUCUUCAAGCGUUUCAGUAAGGACAACAUUCAUGGUCUUGUAUAUGCAGAUUCGAUAGAGAGAUUUCACAUAUCGGCCUUCUUGGUGUCUGUUUUGGCUCAAAAUAUUCUUGAGGCUGAAGGUCCAUGGUUCGGAAACUUUAUCUAUAAUGCUACUAUGGUCUUCUUCUGUGAGAUGAUGAUAGACAUAAUCAAGCAUUCAUUUCUUGCCAAGUUCAAUGGCAUCAGACCUAUAGCGUACUCUGAGUUUCUUCAAGCUCUCUGCGAGCAGACUUUGAACAUUCGCCCGGAAGAUAGAAAGACAAAUCUCACAUUCGUUCCCAUUGCACCUGCUUGUGUGGUUAUCCGAGUAAUGACUCCAGUAUAUGCAGCACACUUGCCGUACAGUCCUCUCCCAUGGAGAGUGUUGUGGAUGGUCCUCUUAUUUGUCAUAACAUAUAUAAUGCUCACAAGUCUCAAAGUUCUCAUCGGCAUGGGACUUAGGAAACAUGCGACUUGGUAUAUUAAUAGAUGCCGCAAGAGAGACUCCUCCCAUCUACACAACGAUUAAGCCCUGAUUCUCUUAAAAACUACAGUAAAUGAAGAAAGGUUUGUUGUAUCCAGUGGUGUAACAUCUCAUCAGGAGGAUGCACUGUGCAGGAGAGUGAAUCAACUUUUACAACUUUGUUUUUCGGUUUUAAGAUCAUCUUGGUGAUCUUUAUAUACAUGUUUAUUAUUCGAUGAAGCGAUUUUGGUAUCGUUAGGCAAAUAUGUACAAAGAGACCUCAUGGAUUUGGCAAAACAAAAGCUGUCAUAGGACAAGUAGCAACACUCUUCUUCAUUACAGGACAAUAAAAAUUAGUGAUACUCUUCAUACCAUUUACUCUUAACUUGUGACAUUAAUGUGAAUCAAAG